AUGGCCAACUCUUCCAAUGGAGACGUGACUUCUUCUACGUUACAAGCAGGUCUCAGGAUCCUUGCCAUUGACCAUGACAUCGAUGUCCUUGAAAGCAUCAAGCAAGUGUGCAUUGAUUUCAUCACAUGCUCCGACAGUUCACUUGCUUUGAAUCUUGUUCAUGAAAGAAAAGGGUGUUUUGAUAUCAUACUCAUUGAUGUUCAUAUGCCAAAUAUGGAUAGCUACGAAUUUCUUCGCCAUGUUUGCCAAGAUAUCGACGUUCCUGUCAUUAUGAUGUCAGAUGAUAAUGAUGCAAGUGCGAAAUUAAAGUCAAUUAAUGACGGGGCUUGUGAUUUUUGGACUAAACCACUGCGUCCGGAGCAAAUUAGGGAUAUCUGGUUGCAUGUUGCAAAGAAAGUUUUGAAUGAUAAAAAAAAACAAGAUAAUCUUGGCAGUUUGGAUAACAAUAAUGGCCAAAAUCAGAGGAAUGGUGAUUCGGAAGUGAAUUCUUCUGUUAUCAAUGCAACGGAAGGAGUCCAAAGAAAUAGCAAUUCAAACGAAGCUGAUGAAUCGGAAAAUAAUUAUCAACCUCCACGAAGGAGGCCCCGUCUAGUGUGGACAUCAACAUUGCAUAAUCAUUUUAUUGAUGUUGUGAACCAACUUGGGGCUGACAAAGCUGUCCCAAAGAGAAUUCUUGAAUUGAUGAAUAUCCCUAAUCUGACAAGAGAGAAUGUUGCUAGUCAUUUGCAGAAAUAUAGACUUCAUUUGAAAAGGAAAAAUGAAGUUACACAGCAACAAAACGAGAUGUCAGUGCCAAACACUGUUCCUAGUUCUACAGAAACCAAUGCUGAAGUCCCACGAGAGACGCCAAUGCCAAACAGCGUUCGUAGUUCUACAGAAACCAAUGCUGAUGACUUUCAAGCUUUGGCUGCUGCUGUUAAUCUUCCCUAUGAAACACUGCUAAACCUUCCUCCCAACAUGAUGCCAGUAGAGGCCCAGAAUGCACUCAGAAGAUGGUCCAACCAGUCCAAUAUAGCAUAUGCUCAUGCUCCUCUUAACAUUGCCAGGCCUUUAGACCAUGAUUCAACAACUUGGCCUCCAUCUAAUACAAUUGAUAAUUUAGUAGGAAACUUUGACACAUUAUUGCAAGAUCAAAGGCAACGGAAUCAACUAUCACUCUUACAUCAUCGUGUCCAUAUUCAACCCCCUCCCAUGACGGUUUCUAGAAGCCCUGCUAUCCAUAAUUGCAACUUUGAACGAAACACUCUAAUACUAUCACAUCAACCUCAACCUAGCAGUUCACUUGGUGGUGUUCAAGGUGCUGAAAACAGCAUUUUCUAUGAUUGCGUUGUUACUACUGAUACCCUACCUUCCAUUUCUCAUCGUCGUCGAAAUGCAAUUUUGACAAGGGGUGCUAUGAGAUGUUUUCCUACUAUUCGUUCACCAGGUUCCUUGUGA